AUGAGCACGGCCAAAUAUAUAAUCUUGAUAUUACUUAUAACGCACUCCUCAUGUAUAGAAGUGACUUUGCCAAUUACAUUGUGUGAUCCCUCGCAACUGUCAAUAACGACCACGGCGAUAACACUACACAAACAAGGAGGAUACUACCACUUCUGCAGACUGUAUAAAUAUGAGUCAAACAGUGGGCUGAUAACGAAGGUUAGAUACAAAAACGUGAUCCUAUUCACAAACUUGAUGCCGCCAAUGUCGCACUCCAACAGAGUAGUAUACGAAAUGGUAGGAGAAAACUUCGAGGUAGUGGUAAUCACACUCGGAUCAGGAUCAGGUCUGAUAGAAGGAGGAUAUUACAUAAUAGACAACAAGGUAUACGACAUAUGGUCGCUAGAUGCAGUAGUAAACGAUGAACUUAAGACCUUCAAUGAGCCGUUUAAAAACAUAGUGGAGGAUGUGAUAUACUCGAGGAUCCCUGACAUGAGAUAUAUGCACUCAUUCACAAUCGAAUCGGUCACCAGCGGAGACCUAAUCAUAGCACAAAAAGCGCCCCUUAACAUGCUGCCAAACAUAACAAUUGAUACAAUAGUGUGUAUCGUAAUGAACAGAAUCCUAGUGGGUCAAGUAAUUGAGUCAGAAAGUGAAGAAACAUUGGAAGUCGCAGAGGAUGAGGAGCUACGACCACUGGACUACUCUCUACGAAAAAGGAAUUAG